AUGAAGCGUCAACCGUAUGCCAUAUCCGGUAAAGCACAGGCCGCCCUCUCGGCCGUCGUCGAGAGCAUAUUGGAGGAGUGUCUGCAAGACGCCAAGAACUUAGCCACGGUGGCUGGUAAAAGCUGCGUCACCCCCGAAGAAAUGGAGAAGGCAUUAAGGAAGCUCUGCCUACGUUUAAACGUGCAGCCAAGCACGCCGAGCAAACAAAAAGUUAACACGCAGCGCGAAGACGUCUGAACACUCUGGAACCGAGAGUUUGGCGAAAUCUUCUCAGGGAGGAGAUGUC